CCUCUCUCGCACUCCGAUAAAUGCAGCUCCCGGGUCGGUUGCCGCUAUCUUCCCCGCGGACUCCUCGCAUUCCUCUUGGGUGAAUUAUGUGGGCCAGAACCAAUUGCCUCUUACUUCUCGCUAAUGCAGGGCUUCUCCUUGGUCCAACCCACCAGGAAUGCAGUGGCGUUCUCUUGCCCUACAGCACCCAUGGAACUCUGCAGUACUUCCUGCCUUUGCCUGACUCCAUCAACGGGGCCAGGUGCUCCUGGAUUCUCCUGAAGAAUGCGGACGCCAUCCACUUGGACGUUGUCUCCCAUCAGACCACCUCCUGGGCCGAAGCCAGUUGCAAGUCUGCCUACUUGGAAAUCAAACUGGAAGCAACAGAAAAUGAAAGAGAAUUCUGUGGUCUCUUGUGGAGCGUCCCUGAGGCCGGCAGGAGGCUUGUGAUCCGAGGGCGAGGGCCAGGUGUCAUCAUUCUUCAAACAUCGGCGUCCGGCUUCAAGCAUGGACUUACCCUGCACUACUUGGGUGAACUCAACAGAGAAAUGGAUUCAAAUGCCUCAGAGCCACUGACCACAAUUCCAGUCCUUUCUCCGGCCCAAGGAAAGCAAGAUGUCUCCCAACUUGAAGUGAGCUCGGCCUCAAUGGGACAAGUCCAGAGAGUCACUCCAGCAAACGGUGGAAAUGAGCAGAUGAGUAGAGGACCUGCCUGGAUCCAACACCCCUCCCAGAUUCCUGGAAGUCUCAAUCUUCUCCUCCAUCUCAUUCUAGGAACCCAAUCCCACCCAGACUCAGGAUCCUCCCCAGCAGUAAGGGAUGCUCAGACAGAGCUCUAUCCCAAGUCCACAGAAGGACUGAAUUCUUCCGGAGAAUCUGCUGCUACUGUCAACUCCAUCUCUACCUUAUAUGCCACCUUCAACCCUACCCCAACACACACCAGCUCUGCAGAACCCUACCCCAUCUCCAGCAAUCAACACCACAGCACCUCCAUCUUGCGAUCUCGUUCUGUCUCCAGACACCAACCUAGCCCCAGCUCCCUGCCUGAGCCAAUUACCUCCAAUAUCCCAGCCACCAUUGUGAGCUUGGAAUACGUCUCCACCAGAGGUCAGAGGUCAUUGUCCUCUGCAACCUCCACCUCCAGGUCAAGCCCGGUCCUGAGACCCAGCAUUCGAUCCUUUGUAUUCAGACCCAAGGUCGAUGCGAGACAGUCGUUAGCUCUGUCACUGGCUCCAUCCGCAGACCCUCAGGUGGAAAAUUUGGAUGGUGUGAUGACCCAAAGCAUGGACAAAGUGGGCAGACCUUCUGCCCUGGGUUCAGAGUCCGGGAAAGAGCCAAGGCUGCCCUACAGCUGGACGGUGGGACGCUCCAGGCUGAUCACGGCUCAAGGUGAUGCGGGCAGCGCAAGUGUCGCCAAAAAGCGCCCAGGCAGGACCCAGUCAGACCAUCCAAAACCCCAGCCCAGCUCCUCACGGCCACCUACGACCAGUCUUUCACGCAAAACUGACCAGGCGCCAUCCAGCCAAUCAGUGGGGAACAUUUCCCUGGCAACGAGCUCUGACCUCAGGAUGAGCCAAUGGGGAGGUGAACAGCAGAGGAGCAGCCAAUGGAACCCUUCGCCCCUGCUGGAGGACCUGUUUUCGGAGGGCGGCGAGGGCCCAUCGCUGCCCGGAUCUCAGGCACCGAGGCUGUUAGUCACAUCGCCGACUCCCAUCCGGGACCCCUCUCUCCGCAGGAAGUCUCUUUCCAGCGAGGGAGAGGCGACAGUGUCCCUGGACUUCGAUUACGUGAGCGGGACAGAAAGAACUGGCGACCCAGUGCCAGUCCAGAGGCAGGAAUUCCCUGCCUCUCCCAGUCAGCCGGUCACUCCAUCAGAGCAGAGGGAAGGACAAAGCAGUCCGGGGAAACGCAUGACUUUUGCCCCUCGGACCAGGCGCAUCCCUGUACUGUCCACCCAAGAUUCAAACGCCCAAUAUCUCAGUAGCUAUCCUCCGCAGACUCCAGCAACGGUGACUCAUUUUGAAGGCAUGCAGAGGAAAUACCACGUCAAAGACAUUUCCUCGACUGCUCCACACACGGUGACUAAAGCAGGGCCGAGGAAUGUGUUUGAUAUUCGCAAGCUGAUGAGCCAUACUUCAAAGCUCUGCACGCAGGGAGUUUCCAACGGUCACGACGCAGGCGCAGAAGGUUUGAGCUGUGCGUCACGUUGCGGCCCCAGUGCACAGCCAGCUGGAAUGCAGUCAGCUGCUCCUGCUCUGGGUAACGGGGAGACAACACCACGUUCCUCACGUUCAGCGGGAAUGGACGAAAGGGUUUCGACAACACCACCCACCACCUCGCCUGGCUUCGAACUUGCGAAGCUCCCUGACGCUGAAGGGAGUGGAGACGAAGUAGCUUCAGGUGAACGGACAAAGACUGGUGAUGGGUGGCUUACUGAUGGAGAGACCACAGUGGAGGUCAGUCAGAAUACCCACAGACCAGACCAAAAGCUGAUGGUUACUCCAAGUGUUAAGGCCAAUUUAGAAUUCCUGGUCACUUCCACUUUAUCAGAUAUGGACAAGAACAGAAACAGAUCAGAAACUACUGGUGGGAGCUCCACAGGACCAGCGUUAAGAGCAGAACUUUUGGGGGAAGCCCUGCGGUUGGAAGGAGGAAGCAGUUCACCCUCCAACUCUGACCAGGAAAAUAGUGCGGAGUUGCUACCGACGAUUACCGUUGUACCGGGGGCCGGGAUCCUGUCAACCUUCAACCGUGAGCCCUCCUUAUCACAGCCUCUGGCAAAUGCAAAUUUGCAACCCACUGAAGUUGACCUGAGUGAGACCCCAGCCAGCGAGAUGGACCAUCACACUGAGGAGAGGAUUUCAACCGCCCCAACAAUCGCAUGGUUUCCAUGGGGAUCGUCAGUGUUGCCCAAUAACAGGCCACCCUCGCAGACCACGUUGUCUUCGGGAAGGAAGUCGACCUCACCAACAGACACCUCCGCGUCAGCCAACAACCAGGACAGGACUAAAGUCGGACAGGCAGUGUUUGCCCUAGAGACUCUGGAAUUCUCAGAACAAGCCCAGCCUGGGACAGUCACCAACUUGGACCAGUCCCAUUUUGGCCUUCAGACAACGUCUCAGCCUCCAGUUGAGCAAGGGGGUGCGCUGAGUUGGCAAACGGCUGGCAACCCCUUUCCAGUCUGGAGUGAAGAACCAACCCUGCCAACCACCAUAAGUUUCAACCUUAACCCUCUGUCACCAUCUUCUGAACAGGGACCUAUAGCCAGUGAUGAAUCUGUCAUGUCAAGGACACACCAGCUGAGACCAGUGACUUCAAAGCCCCAUGUUAUAAAUAUCGGCACAGAGAAUCUUGGUGCCCUACCAACGCGACCAGCAGGUCCUUGGUUAAGUGAACAAUGGUUUAGGAAUAUAUUACCAACUAUAACAGAUCCCACCACCAGCAUUACUGAGAUUGAUUUAGUGACAGUAACGGCCCGUUCUGGCCGUCCCCCAGCAUCUGGCCCUGAAAGAGCAACAUCAUUUUCAUCAGUAUUAGUAAUGACUGAGUUCAUGACAAUGCAUCGCACUCCCAGCCCCUCAGCACUCAGCAACGAUAACAGCAGGGCAUGGAACACAGACAUCAGUCGGACACAGAGCACAGGUGUCAGUCAGUCACGGAGCACAGGCGUCAGGCAGACACGGAGCACAGGCGUCAGGCAGACACGGAGCACAGAGGUCAGGCAGACACGGAGCACAGGCGUCAGGCAGACACAGAACACGGGCGUCAGUCGGACACAGAGCACGGGCGUCAGUCGGACACAGAGCACGGGCGUCAGUCGGACACAGAGCACUGAUGACUUUCAGUCACAGGACAGAGACAUCGGUCAGACAUGGAGCAUGGAUACUGGUUGGAAGUUGAGCACAAAUGCCAGUCAGAUACUGAAUACGGAUGUCAGUCAUGCACAGAACUUGGCUCUCAGUCGGACACGUAGCCCAAGUAACAGCCGGACACAGGACCCAGAUAUCAAUCAGACACAGGACCCGGAUGUCAGUCAGACACUGGGCCCAGAAGUCAGUCUGACACAUGGCCCGGAUAUCAGUCACACAGUGGGCCCGGAUAUCAGUCGGACACUGGGGCUAGAAGCCAGUCAGACACGGGGCCAAGGUGUCAGCUGGACACAGGGUCCGGACAUCAGUCAGACAAGGAGCACAGGUAUCAAUUGGACACUCAGCCCAGUUAUCAGUCAGACACGGACCAAGGGUAUCAUCAGUCGAACAGUGAACUCAGAUAUCAGUCAGAUGUGGGACACAAAUGUCAGUCAGAAAUGGGAAACAAGUAUCAAUCGGACACAUGGCACAGAUGUCAGUCAGACAUGGAAUGCAGGUACAAUUCAGACACUGAACCGAUUCUUUAGUGGGACACUGGGCCCGGGUCACACUUGGAGCACAGGUGUAAGUCAGUCACUGGGCCCUGACAUCAGUCAGACACCUGGCCUGGGAGCCAGUCAGACGCAGGGUGAGGGCAUCAGUCGGACACUGGGCCCAGAUGUCAGAUGGACAUGGGUUCAGGAUGUCAGCUGGACAGCAGGCCCGGACAUCAGUCGGACAUGGAACACAGACAUUAGCCAACAGCAGGACACAGAUAUAAUUCAUACACCUAGCCCAGAAAUCAGUCAGACGUGGGACCCAGACAUCAGUCGGACACAGGACCAAGACGUCAGUCAGACACAGGGUGAGGGCAUCAAUCAGACACUGGGCCCAGACGUCAGUCGGACACUGGGCGAUGGCGUAGGUCGGACACUGGGCGACGGCGUAGGUCGGACACUGGGCCCGGGCGUCGGUCGGACACAGGGACCGGGCGUCGGUCGGACACUGGGCCCGGGCGUCGGUCGGACACUGGGCCCGGGCGUCGGUCGGACACUGGGCCCGGGCGUCGGUCGGACACUGGGCCCGGGCGUCGGUCGGACACUGGGCCCGGGCGUCGGUCGGACACUGGGCCCGGGCGUCGGUCGGACACUGGGCCCGGGCGUCGGUCGGACACUGGGCCCGGGCGUCGGUCGGACACUGGGCCCGGGCGUCGGUCGGACACUGGGCCCGGGCGUCGGUCGGACACUGGGCCCGGGCGUCGGUCGGACACUGGGCCCGGGCGUCGGUCGGACACUGGGCCCGGGCGUCGGUCGGACACUGGGCCCGGGCGUCGGUCGGACACUGGGCCCGGGCGGCAGUCAGACACUGGGCCCGGGCGGCAGUCAGACACUGGGCCCGGGCGGCAGUCAGACACUGGGCCCGGGCGGCAGUCAGACACUGGGCCCGGGCGGCAGUCAGACACUGGGCCCGGGCGGCAGUCAGACACUGGGCCCGGGCGGCAGUCAGACACAGGGCCCGGGCGUCAGUCAGUCACAGGGCCCGGGCGUCAGUCAGACACAGGGCCCGGGCGUCAGUCAGACACAGGGCCCGGGCGUCAGUCAGACACAGGGCCCGGGCGUCAGUCAGACACAGGGCCCGGGCGUCAGUCAGACACAGGGCCCGGACGUCAGUCAGACACAGGGCGAGGGUGUCAGUCAGACACUGGGCCCAGACAUCAAUCAGUCACAGGGUGAGGGCGGCAGUCAGACACCGGGCCCGGGCGGCAGUCAGACACCGGGCCCGGGCGGCAGUCAGACACCGGGCCCGGGCGGCAGUCAGACACCGGGCCCGGGCGGCAGUCAGACACCGGGCCCGGGCGGCAGUCAGACACCGGGCCCGGGCGGCAGUCAGACACCGGGCCCGGGCGGCAGUCAGACACCGGGCCCGGGCGGCAGUCAGUCACCGGGCCCGGGCGUCAGUCAGUCACCGGGCCCGGGCGUCAGUCAGACACCGGGCCCGGGCGGCAGUCAGUCACCGGGCCCGGGCGUCAGUCAGACACCGGGCCCGGGCGUCAGUCAGUCACCGGGCCCGGGCGUCAGUCAGACACCGGGCCCGGGCGUCAGUCAGACACCGGGCCCGGGCGGCAGUCAGACACUGGGCCCGGGCGGCAGUCAGUCACAGGGCGAGGGCGUCAGUCAGACACUGGGCCCGGGCGGCAGUCAGACACUGGGCCCGGGCGGCAGUCAGACACUGGGCCCGGGCGGCAGUCAGACACAGGGCCCGGCCGGCAGUCAGACACAGGACCCGGGCGGCAGUCAGACACAGGGCCCGGGCGGCAGUCAGACACAGGGCCCGGGCGGCAGUCAGACACUGGGCCCGGGCGGCAGUCAGACACUGGGCCCGGGCGGCAGUCAGACACUGGGCCCGGGCGGCAGUCAGUCACAGGGCGAGGGCGUCAGUCAGACACUGGGCCCGGGCGGCAGUCAGACACUGGGCCCGGGCGGCAGUCAGUCACAGGGCGAGGGCGUCAGUCAGACACUGGGCCCGGGCGGCAGUCAGACACUGGGCGAGGGCAUCAGUCAGACACAGGGCCCGGGCGGCAGUCAGACACAGGGCCCGGGCGGCAGUCAGACACAGGACACGGGCGGCAGUCAGACACUGGGCCCGGGCGGCAGUCAGACACUGGGCCCGGGCGGCAGUCAGACACUGGGCCCGGGCGGCAGUCAGACACUGGGCCCGGGCGGCAGUCAGACACAGGGCCCGGGCGGCAGUCAGACACAGGGCCCGGGCGGCAGUCAGACACUGGGCCCGGGCGGCAGUCAGACACUGGGCCCGGGCGGCAGUCAGACACUGGGCCCGGGCGGCAGUCAGACACUGGGCCCGGGCGGCAGUCAGUCACAGGGCGAGGGCGUCAGUCAGACACUGGGCCCGGGCGGCAGUCAGACACUGGGCCCGGGCGGCAGUCAGUCACAGGGCGAGGGCGUCAGUCAGACACUGGGCCCGGGCGGCAGUCAGACACUGGGCCCGGGCAGCAGUCAGUCACAGGGCGAGGGCUCAGACACUGGGCCCGGGCGGCACAGCAGCAUGGGCCCGGGCGGCAGUCACAUGGGCCCGGGCGGCAGUCACAUGGGCCCGGGCGGCAGUCAGACACUGGGCCCGGGCGGCAGUCAGACACUGGGCCCGGGCGGCAGUCAGACACUGGGCCCGGGCGGCAGUCAGACACUGGGCCCGGGCGGCAGUCAGACACUGGGCCCGGGCGGCAGUCAGACACAGGGCCCGGGCGGCAGUCAGACACAGGGCCCGGGCGUCAGUCAGUCACAGGGCCCGGGCGUCAGUCAGACACAGGGCCCGGGCGUCAGUCAGACACUGGGCCCGGACGUCAGUCAGACACAGGGCGAGGGUGUCAGUCAGACACUGGGCCCAGACAUCAAUCAGUCACAGGGUGAGGGCGGCAGUCAGACACUGGGCCCGGGCGGCAGUCAGACACUGGGCCCGGGCGGCAGUCAGACACUGGGCCCGGGCGGCAGUCAGACACUGGGCCCGGGCGGCAGUCAGACACUGGGCCCGGGCGGCAGUCAGACACUGGGCCCGGGCGGCAGUCAGACACUGGGCCCGGGCGGCAGUCAGUCACAGGGCCCGGGCGUCAGUCAGUCACAGGGCCCGGGCGUCAGUCAGACACUGGGCCCGGGCGGCAGUCAGACACUGGGCCCGGACGUCAGUCAGACACUGGGCCCGGACGUCAGUCAGACACUGGGCCCAGACAUCAAUCAGUCACAGGGCGAGGGCAUCAGUCAGUCACAGGGCCCGGGCGUCAGUCAGUCACAGGGCCCGGGCGUCAGUCAGACACUGGGCCCGGGCGGCAGUCAGUCACAGAGCGAGGGCGUCAGUCAGACACUGGGCCCGGACGUCAGUCAGACACAGGGCGAGGGCGUCAGUCAGACACUGGGCCCGGACGUCAGUCAGACACUGGGCGAGGGCGUCAGUCAGACACUGGGCCCGGGCGUCAGUCAGACACUGGGCCCGGGCGUCAGUCAGACACAGGACACAGGGCCCAGACUUCAGUCAGUCACAGGGUGA